UGUACUUCGCUAGACGGAAAUUCUAAACUAACAGACAUCAUAAUGAAAUAUUCUGUAAUUUUCUGUAUUGUUUUAGUAGUAGUAAGUUUUCACGAGUCUUUACAAUGCUCUUGUGAUUGGGGAUUCUUCGAACUCGAAGGCAAAAGCAUUCAUAACUCCAUCUGCCAUGACAGACAAUAUAUAUUGUUUAAGGCAGAUAAAAAAUCAGAAUUACCAGGAGCUAGUGGUAAUAACGAGAUUGAUGGAAAAGUUCGUUUUACUGUUACCUUACUGAAAAUGUAUACGAACGGUCAUGAAGACAACUUUGCUGCCGGAAGAACUGUGUUUUUGGAUGCUCCUAUGGCUAGUUCAUUAUGUUCAUAUAUUAAUUUUAAACUUGGCAAGAAAUACUAUGUAAAUGUUUUCGGUGCAACCAAGGAUUCCAAAACCUUUGACCUAAAUGGGUGCCAUUAUUCAUCAAGUGUGGCAGAGAUAUCGGAUGUUGAACGUCGUAUUAUUACAGGAGAGUUGGAUUGUCCAGCACAGGAAAUGGUGGUGUCAUAAUCUACAUUGGACUUCAAUCAAUAAAAUUUCAAAUACGUCAUAA